UUUGGUACACUUAUAUAAAUUGAUAACACAAACUUAAUCAAAAUAUUGAUGUCUUUUGAAUAUUUUUGCUAUUUAUUUUGUUUCAGAUUAGAUUUUGAAUAAUGACGAAUAACUCUAGUCAACAUGUGCCGGGUCUGAAGCAAAAGAAAGUGUUUAAAAUUAUAGUUUUGGGUGACUCUGGUGUUGGCAAAACUUGUCUUACUUAUCGGUUUUGUGAAGGGCAAUUUUUGGAUAAAUCUGAGGCUACCAUCGGAGUUGAUUUUAGAGAGAGGACGGUGCGAAUAAAUAAUGAAGAAAUAAAGCUGCAACUAUGGGACACAGCAGGCCAGGAGCGGUUCAGGAAGUCGAUGGUACAACAUUACUACAGGAAUGUUCAUGCUGUAGUCAUUGUGUAUGACAUCACAAAGCCAGAGACCUUUCAUUCAAUAGCAAGCUGGAUGCAGGAGGUGGAGUCUCACGGGUUGAUGGGUGCCCCACGGGUGCUCGUGGGCAACAAGUGUGAUUGUGGCACACCGGAGUCCCGUCUUGCCACAACAUAUGCACAACGACUCGCAGAUAAAUAUGGAAUGCCUUUAUUUGAAACGUCAGCAUUACUGGACUCGGAGUGUAACGCCGUGUACUCAAUAUUCAUGACGCUUGCGCAUAAGCUAUACUCCAAGCAGCCGCUGCGUGUAAUUAGUGUUGAGGGUGAACAAGGUAGAGUGACGUUACCCCGGACUAAAAGCCGCCUGCCUGCGACUAACAAUGACAGCUGUCUCUGCAGUUAGACACCCUCGGAACCAAGGUACAACCUGCGAAUCCAUCCUAAACGUCUAGCCGUGCCUAGAAUACUCAUAUAGCCACAUCCCGUCGUGAAUUUCGUUUCUACCUACGAGCUAAUUAUGUCAGAAAUACCCCGUGAUAGCCCUGUUCGGGGACUUACAUUACGAUGUAGUGUCACGGGUUCAACUGGAUUUAUAAGUUUGAAUUCAUAUUUGGAUCAUAGAUGGGGAUGGGGUGGGGGGGAAGUCAUGGGUGGCCAUUGCAAUAUUAUCUAAUUCCCUGCUGAGAUAGGUUGUCUGCGACCUGGUUAUGCUCAGACUUAAAAGCUGGAUCAGCUCCUAUAGAUAUUUAUAUGAUUUUUACCCAGUUAAUGGCAAUAGGCUAGCCCCCAUGAAGAAAGUUAUUCCUGCUCAUUGAAAAAUUACUUUUAAUGUUCAUUCAUUCCCCAUUGUGGUAGUCAGAGGUUCAUCUAUCACAUGAUGAACUAAAUACCCACGCCACACCGAGCUUUCUUACUUUACGCCGCUGUUUAAAUUUUCAUGCAUUUACUAGAUUAUGUAUGGUAUUGAUCUCAUAAACCGAAUCUGCGAUUAGGAUCUCUGCUUACCCCGGUGGCAAAUAGGCGUGAAUUUAUGUAUGAAAUCUAUUCUUCUUCUAAUCCUACUAUCUCCUGUUGGGAUGUAGGGCUUGAAUAACAGAUUUCCACUUCUCGCGAUCUUUUGCUCUCUGUAGCUUCCUCCCAUGACAUGCCGAGAGUUUUUAAUAUCCCGGUCAACCGAGCGUCGCCAGGUCUCUUUGGGCCACCCCUUUUGUGUUUUCCACACGUACACCACCACUACCACACCACGGGCUAAUUUACAAAAAGUAAAUAUGUAAUCUAUUAAGGUAAAAAAAAAUGCUUACCUUAUUAAUUACUUUCACGACACUUCGGCCGCGUUGCAGAGACGUGGUCAUGUGAUGACUGGCGAGGCGAUUGUUUGCUACUUGAGGGUGUUGUGGGUGUAACUACCCUCAUUUUUCAUUCCACUCAAUACGAUGGCAAGAGUGACAGAAAUACUACUCAUUAUGUGAUUCUAAUUCAUCAUUUACGGAGACACGGCGCGUUGAUCGUUUGAAUGAGCGAUAUUCCAGGCUACAUUACCCAAAAUUAAUACAGAUGGCGCUGUACAAAUUUGCCUUCGUUCAACCUUCAUGAACAGACAUAUACGUCACGAGCAUUAGUAUGCAUACACUUUGGUACCAUGUCACAUGAAUUUUUAUGACAAAUUGCACUGUAAGUCUCACUAAAUGUCAAAUAUGUUAGUGCGACAGAGUCCUAAAGUGGGUACAUUAUAUUGCUAAUGUAGGUAGCAACUUACAUUAUACCAUAAUAUCUGAUCCAAAUAUCAAGCAAGAAUUAU